CGAGUUGAGUCUCGUUUUGGGUUCGGACUCAGAUUCGCGUUGGCUUCGCGUUCGGUUUGUUAUUUUUUGGCAUUUUGUUCGAUUUUUCGUGCCGACAUCUAAUAAAAAAGCUGUACACCGCGUACGUACAUGUGCGGAGAGCGCUCCCGUCGAGAACUUGUGAGGCAGCCAUCAAAAAUAACUAAAAAUGUAGUCGGCCAGCGACACAAACCGAAAUAAAACGCAAAAGUGCACCGAAAACAAUCGCGAGGCGGGCAAAGUGUUGAAUAAGCAACGCAUAAUUUACCUGUGUGCUGCACAACGCUGCGUAUACGCAAUUUCGCCCCACUAGGAAAGGCGAAGCACAGGAGGAGUGGCAAAGGCGCAUACGAAACUGUGAUGUUAUGAAGAACCGCCAAAUGAAAAGUGGACAGGCCCUUUGGACCUACAGCAAGUGCCACUAAGUAGAAUCAGAAGCAUUUUCGCGAUCGUCUGCAGUUUGCUUUUUGCAACAUUGCAACUGCAUCUGCGUAUCUGUGUGUAUCUGCCACGCCGCUAGUGCACUGGUAGAAGUAUCUAUGCGAAUUUCGGCUCGUUUCGGGGGUGUCUGUGUGAGCACGUGCAUCUGUGUGCGCUACGAACUGCGCCUGUGUUCGCGGCCCGUUGCAAUUUUCAAUUUUUCGCCCCUACUUCCUCCAGCUCCCUCGUUCCGAGCUUCGACAAGUCGUGCCAUUGCCUGCCGCAAUCAGCAAUUUGAGUUGAACCAAAGGAAUAUCGCAUCAAUUACAACAUCUUCGAAACCCAUUUUAAACCGACAAGGUCAAAAGUAAAAACUAAUUUCAAAUAAAAGAGCAAAAGUAACGACUUCGGAAGCGAAGAACCAACUACCAAAACCAGUUUAUAAACCAAAAUAAAUAAAUGAGACACUUAAGAAGAAAGGAAUUUUAAAUUUGACAAACAUGAAGAGAAAUAAAUAACCGGCAGAAACCACAGCGGCGAAAAGCCAGCACAGCUAAGAAAGCCAAGAAACCCCGCAAAAUGUGCAACAGAAGUCAAUAAAGAAGGGACUUUGAGAAAACGAAAGCGACGCCAGAGCCACAGGCAAAGUCAACUGUAUCCCUGAGCAAACCACAGCCUUUACCCAAACUAACGAACUAGGCAGAGGAGCAGCAGCAAUGGCCAUCAACUUUUCGGCCUCCUUUGCGGCCUGCAUAGCGGCCGGUCUGAAGGUGCCGCGCCAGAUUAUGUACUGCAUCACGCAGGACACCGGUCAGCCGUACGUGCUCUACAAGGACUCGCAGGACGCGGACCGCAACCCCGGCGCCAUCGGCGCCAGUCCCGCCCAGUGGGGCGGCGACAUGUACCCCAACAUCCAGCAGCAGGCCCAGCAGCACCUGACCGCCCAGCAGCAGCAACAGCAGCAGCAGAGCGCGGCCCAGGCGGCUGCCCAGGCGGCGGCGGUGGCGGCGGCAGCGGGACAGCCGCAGAGUCCUCCGGGCGGGGGGCAGGAGGCGCGGGACAACGGCAGCGGCGACGGCCGCCAGCAGCAGGUGUCGCCCUCCUCGAGUCCGUACCCCUCGGUCCAGCAACAGCAGCAGCAGCAGCAGCGGGCAAACGGGGCCGGCGACGAGGACCCCAUGAAUCAGCUCGCCAACCAGCAGAACUCCGCGCCCAACCAAAGCCAAAGCAGCAACGACCCCCAGCACACGGGCUCCAAUGCGGGCGAGCCGGGCAACCCGCACGUCCAGCAGAACGGAGGACCCCAAACCGAUCCCGGCAACGGCUUCCAGACCCCGGACUACUACACCCCCCGGCACGCGGCGCCCCAGGGAGGAAUGCUGGCACCGCCCGGCUUCCCGCCGCUCCACUAUCUCAACAAAGGCGUGCUGCCCAUGGAGCAGUCCGGCGGCGGAGGUGGCGGGGGCGGGGAGGGCCAGGCCUACGCGCUGCCCGAACUGCUGCCCGCUCAGCAGAACGCCCAGCAGAACGGGGGAGCGGCGAACGCCAAUGCCAAUGAAGGCGGGGCGGGCGCCAACGGGGGCGGAGGAGUGGGCGGAGCGGGAGCGGGUGUGGGUGUGGGCUCGGUGGCCGCGACGAGCGGCGGAAGGACGGGCAACGGCCCCGGACGCCCGCACAAGAACAAGCCGCACAGCGACCUGCGGCUGUUCAAGUGCCUCACCUGCGGCAAGGACUUCAAGCAGAAGAGCACGCUGCUCCAGCACGACCGCAUCCACACGGACGCGCGACCCUUCCCGUGCUCCGAGUGCGGCAAGCGGUUCCGCCAGCAGUCGCACCUCACCCAGCACCUGCGCAUCCACGCCAACGAAAAGCCCUUCACCUGCCCGUACUGCUCGCGCAGCUUCCGGCAGCGCGCCAUUCUCAACCAGCACAUACGCAUCCAUUCGGGUGAGAAGCCCUUCGCCUGCCCCGAGUGCGGCAAGCACUUUCGCCAGAAAGCCAUCCUCAAUCAGCAUGUGCGCACCCACCAAGACGUCUCGCCACACCUCAUCUUCAAGAACGGGCCCCACCCGACCCUAUGGCCCUCGGACGUGCCCUUCCCCGGCGAGGAGAACGACACCAAGGGCGACAUCGCCGGCACGGGCGGCGGCUACCACGACGAGGACUCGCAGGGCACGCCGGACGGGAGCGGCGGCAUGCACUACCCGUCGUACUUCAAGGACGGCAAGGGCCAAAAGAUACUGCCCGAGGUGCUGCAGCACAUCGGCGUCAGGCCGGCGAAUAUGCCGCUCUACGUGCGGUGUCCCAUCUGCGACAAGGAGUUCAAGCAGAAGACGACGCUGCUGCAGCACGGCUGCAUCCACAUCGAGUCGCGGCCGUACCCCUGCCCGGAGUGCGGCAAGCGCUUCCGCCAGCAGUCGCACCUCACCCAGCAUCUGCGCAUCCACACCAACGAGAAGCCCUUCGGCUGCAUGUACUGUCCGCGCUUCUUCCGCCAGCGGACCAUUCUCAACCAGCACUUGCGCAUCCACACCGGCGAGAAGCCGUACAAGUGCGGCCAGUGCGGCAAGGACUUCCGGCAGAAGGCCAUUCUGGACCAGCACACGCGCACCCACCAGGUAGGCGAUCGCCCGUUCUGCUGUCCGAUGCCAAACUGCCGUCGGCGCUUUGCCACGGAAAACGAGGUGACCAAGCACAUCGACAACCACAUGAAUCCCAACACCACCAAGGUGCGGCGCCAGCAGCAGCAGCAACACCAACAGCAGCAGCAGCAACAGCAGCAACAGCAGCAGCAACAGCAGCAGCAGCAGCAGCAACAACAGAACAACAACGCCGUGGCACAGGUGACCUCGGUGGCCAAUCACCUGAUGAACGACGCCAAGAGCCUGGCGGCCCAGCAGUUCCUCAACAACAACAACCCGUCGACGGUGGACAACAAGGCUAACAUCCUCCCGGUGCGCAGCCUGGCGUCCAACGCGGCAGCCGCCGCCGUUGUCCAGCAGUCGGUGGUGAAGAACGAGCUCUACUUCCCACAAUGCUACGGACCGCCCUUCCAGCAUCCCUUCCAGGCGCAGCAGCAGCAGGCCCAGCAGCCCAGCGUGGCACACGCCAACGGAGGACCCACGCCGCCGGUAACCGUGACAGUGGCCAACUCGGUGGCCUCCGGCGUGGUGGUGCAGCAGAACGCUUCCGCCUCCGUGGUGGCCCAGUGACAUCCCACCACUGGAGCAACAGGGGCACAGCA